AGUGAGGGUAGGCCCAGCGUAGUGGAAAAGCAAAUUCCUCUUUUGAAAACGCUAACGCAAGGAAAAUCCGUCGGAUAAAAAAUUUCCCUCUCAAUUUCUUAGUUAUUAAAUCUAAAAAUUAAAACAAAAACAUAGAAAAUAAUUCAUCUAUUGUUUCCGUGAAUCAAUUCUUCGAAGCGCAGUUUUCAAGAUACCUUACACCCCCCUGGGAUAGGCGCCGCAGGCAAUGUUCAUUUCUGAAUUGUGAUUGCAGCUCAGGCCUCAGAGUUGUAUAUGCUGGAUUUCCGAUGGAAUCAGUUAUUGGAGUGGAGACAGAUGGUGAAGCUAAAGUUGAGGAGAGUGUGGCUGCGGCAAGUAACAGUGUCUCGAGUUGUUUGCCGGAGGAAACUGCUGAUCCAAUUGUCUACAAGCUCGUGCGGGUUGACGGGGAUGGCCGACUAGUGCCUGCAACUGAUGAUGAAGUGAUGGCAGUUGAAGACUUGCUUGAAGAUGACAAAUGUGAAGUCGGUCAGGUCAUAGAUGCUGAGCAAACUGUAGAGUGCAACAAAAUUGAAGCAUAUCAUUUGGGAAAAACUCAGUUUGAAAACCCACAAGGACAACCAUUUUCUGAAAUACAUGAAGCUGAUGUGGUAACCUUCAAUGUACCGCACAAGUUGUUGCCUGAUUCAGACAAUACUCAAGGAAAGGCAAUUGUCCCUCCAUUGACUUCAGAAUAUAGCGCUGUUGACAAAUCUGGGAGUGCUGAGGGAUGUUCAGCCCCCUCAGGUGCAUUUAGUGAGAAUAAUUUAUUGGCUUCCAAACCUGGGGCUAGCUGGAAGCCUGAUUUUUCUAUGUUGAAGGGGGAAAUAUGUUUGGAGAAUUUAACAGUAAAAGAACUUCAUGAAACUUUUAAAGCAACCUUUGGAAGAGAAACUUCAGUUAAGGACAAGCAAUGGCUUAAGAGGAGGAUUUCCAUGGGGUUGUCAAAUUCAUGUGAUUUUUCUUGUACUAGUUUUGUUAUUAAGGACAGCAGAGUGGUGAAGAAAGUUAAAGAAAACAAUGCAAGUGUGAAUGGUUCAAUUUCAAAAGAUCCCAUAGUUGCAUUGCCAAAUAUUAACUCAGGAAGUUCAUCUGGCCAUGAUGACAAAGUAGAGAGUCCAGCUAAUAUUACUGAAGGGAAUAUACCCAACUCAACAUUGGAAGGUUGUAUUGUUAGUGAGGGCCAUAACAUGGAACAAACAGCAGCUAAAAGGGUUCGUAAACCUACAAAACGAUAUAUUGAAGAACUUUCAGAAGUGGAAUCCAGGGAAUCUAGUGGAAAGUCAAUGUCUUCAGAGAAAAUUUGUGGUUACAAAUCAACACAUCCAAGUAAUCAUGUGAUAUCUAUUCUGAAAGCCCGGCCAGAUGGGAAACCUCUUAUUAUGCGGCAAGAUUCACUUGGAGGUUCUGGAGUUCAAAUUCCAUGUGUUUCUCGGAUUCGGAGGGGACGUCCAAGGGAAAAUUUUAUGAAUCUUUUGAAUCUCCAGCCCAAUGGCACAGACAUGGCAGCCGAACUGGUGAAGAAUGUUGGUGACACCCACAUUGAUCAAACAGAUGAAGUCUUGAAAACAAGUUUGUCUCCUGGAUGGAUUCAACAACCACUUAUUGCUACUACUGAGGAAGGUAAGCACUUCCCUGAAAGUAAAAUAGAAGUGGGGAGUAAUAUGGAGCAUGAAAAUAUGGAUUUGUACGAGGAUCAUUCAGAUGAUAGUAUGAUGGCCAUGCCCACACCAAAGGGUGGAAUGAGGAGAAAACAUCAUCGACCUUGGACUCUCAACGAGGUUGUCAAAUUAGUUGAAGGUGUAUCUAGGUAUGGGGUUGGAAGAUGGUCUGAGAUUAAACGGCUUGCUUUUGCAAAUUGUCCCUAUCGAACUUCUGUUGACCUUAAGGACAAGUGGAGAAACUUACUGAAAGCUAGCAAUGUACAGUUGCCUGCUGAAAAAGGGAUACAAAAUUCUAGGAAACAUGCAGCAAUUCUGAUCCCCACCUCAAUUCUAUUACAAGUGCGAGAGCUUGCAGAAAUGCAAGGGAACAUUUCGCCAAGUCUCAACCAAAGCAAGAUUGCUGGUCUUGGUUCUGGAGGUAGAAGUGCAGAUGAAGGGAGAGUGGGAUACGUAUAGCUUUGUGAAUAUUUCGUUGAUCCAAACUAGGAAUAAGCUUAAUAGGCAUACAAGCUAGUCGUACUAUAUUCUUGUAUAUACUAGCUUCUAUUAUCAUGUUAAUUGUAGAUUACUUAUUCUGGUGAUCAAUUAGUGGUGAAAUUAUCCUUUGUUU